AUGGCAACAGAACAGAAACCCAAGAGAGUAGCAAUCAUCGGCUCUGGAGCCGCUGGCAUGGGAGCUGCCUGGCUUCUCACCGAGCACUCUCCGCACAUUGUCACUUUAUAUGAAGCAAACGACUACCUCGGUGGACAUACACACACCGUUGACUAUGUAGUCCCAUCUACCAAGGACUCUGACAAACCGCUCACAAUUCCAGUUGACACUGGUUUCAUUGUAUUUAACCAGGUCACCUAUCCAAACUUGAUUCGUUUCUUUGACCACAUGAAAAUAAAGUACAUUCCUUCAGAGAUGAGUUUUUCCGUGUCACGUAACAAAGGUGAAUUCGAAUGGUCAGGGCGAAAUUUAUUGUCCGUAUUUGCGCAGCCACAGAACUUGCUGAAUUGGGAUAUGUGGAAAACUUUGUAUGAUAUAUUUCGAUUUAAUUUUCACGCGACGGAGUUGUUGGAGUUACCGGACGACCACCCGGAAAAGAGCAUGAGUCUAGGUGAAUACCUGGAUUUGCAUAAGUAUUCUCAUGCGUUUCGAGAUAAUUAUCUUUUGCCAAUGACUGCGUCAAUCUGGUCGACUCCUCUUGACAAAUGCUCGGCUAAGUUUCCCGCAUUAACGUUAAUACAAUUUAUGCAUAAUCACUCUCUACUUCAAAUAUUGGAUCGUAUUCGAUGGCUUACUGUGAAAGAUGGAAGUCGAAAAUAUGUCGAAGCAAUUGCCUCAAAAUUGAACGACAUACGCGUAUCAACUAGAGUACUCUCCAUUACACGUGUCUCGGAUUCAUCUUUAUCUGCCCCCGAAAUUGUUAUAACUGAUAAUCAGGGCGGCCACGAUAAAUAUGAUCAUGUAAUAUUUGCGACACAUGCUGAUCAGGCCCUAGAAAUUUUAGGGGACUCGGCGACCACAGACGAAAAGAAUAUUUUAAAAAGUUUUCAGUUUAACAAGAAUCGUGCAUAUUUACAUAAUGAUUUAUCGUUAAUGCCUCAACGUCGUUUGACAUUCUCUUCUUGGAAUUAUAUUACUAAAUCCACAAACUCUUCUCGAAAUCCAAAUCAAGUUUCACUAACUUACUCGAUGAAUAUUCUUCAAUCAAUCGACGAGUCAAAAUAUGGACCAGUUCUCGUCAGUCUCAAUCCAUUAUACGAACCUGACCCAACAAAAGUAUUCGGCUCAUGGGAAUACGACCAUCCAGUCUAUACUUCAAAUGCAGUUUCCUCUCAACAAGCACUUGCAAACAUUCAAAAUCUGCCUCACUUACAAACCACAUUUUCCGGCGCAUGGACAAAAUACGGGUUCCACGAGGAUGGAUUCACUUCUGGCAUGAAAAUUGCCGCCGAAUUUCUCGGCGCGAAUCCUCCUUUUGAGAUCAAGGACGCGACGUAUAUCCGUGGGAAAAAGCUCGAGCUGACAUUAUUCGGCAAAGCGCAAAGACAAACGUGGCUUACCAUAGAAUGGGCAGUGUCAUUGAUGAUUUACUUGUACACGUAUGUGAUCACGGUUUUGGAUGCCAUGGCGGACCGAGUGCGGCAGUUACUCGAUGAUAUUGAACAACGUCGGAAAGACGAAUAG